UGCGCGGCCUCGCCCGUCGAAAUAACAACCGGCCAGUGGGACUCACCGCGGACGAUCAUUGCCUCGGGAAAAUCGAGCACGGGCCUCCACACGCGGGCCCCACAAGGGUCGAGUACCUCGCAGCCUUCGGAGCCUAUUUUUUCCGAGUCGCGAGUAGCUGCCCGUGGCCCGGGAGAAGGUGAGAGAGAGCCCGAGGCUGUUCGGGUUAGGGCCGGGAAGCUCGAGGGCCCGUUUGGUGGCGGGGUUCCAGAGGCAGAGUGUGUUUUGGGUCUUGUGUUGCAUGAGGAGGAGGCCGUCUCGGCCGUUGGCGAAGGAGAAGGAGCAUCGGGCCGAGGUGUGGGCCCAGUUGGUCUUGACGUUGUGGUGGUGGUAGAGGACUUCGGAGUGGGCCAUGUGGCGGUCUUUGAAGUAGUGGGAUUGGAUGAGGGAGUGCCAUUCCUUGGAGACGAGCUGGAGGCGGGCCGCGUCCUUGAGGGGCAUUCGGCUCAGGAUUUCGAUUGUGAUGCCUGGUGGGAAGAGUUGGGCUGA